CCCGAAUCUAGCAUCUGAGGGAAAAGCUUCGCGUCUCCCUCUUUAAAAAGCUCCCCCCCGUACGCAGCAUCAGCACAGACACAGUCUCACUCUCACAGAAAGAACGGAAACCAUCGUCCAGGCAGGCGGUAGAGCGAUGGCGAGCCUGAGCGUGCCUCCGGUGCUCAUGCCUCCGCGCGAUGACGCCGUCGCUCUCCACAAGGCCUUCAAAGAACGCUAUGCUGCUUUGGGUCCUCGACCCGUGGGGCGUGACACGACCAUACUCAACCAGGCCCUCAACGGCGACAUCACCGACCUGACAGCCGCCACGGAGGUAAUCUGCUCCAGGACGCCGUUGCAGCUGCAGAUCAUGAAGCAAACCUACCGCGCGAGGUUCGGUUGCUACCUUGAGCAUGACAUCACCGAACGCACCUACGGUGAUCAUCAGAAGCUUUUGCUUGCGUACCUGGGAGUCCCGCGCAACGAAGGCCCGGAAGUUGAUCCUUCGGCGGUGACAGACGACGCAAGGGACCUGUAUCACGAGAAGAGGGCGGGCACCGAUGAGCGGGCCUUCAUCCGCAUCUUCAGCGAACGCACCUGGGCGCACCUGGUGUCCGUGGCCAACGCUUACCAGCACAUGUACGCCCGGUCCCUGGAGAAGGCCGUGAAGAGUGAGACGACAGGGAACUUCCAGUUCGGGCUGCUGACCAUCCUCAGGUGCGCCGACACUCCGGCGAAGUACUUUGCCAAGGUCCUACACAAGGCGAUGAAAGGCCUGGGCACCAGCAACGCGGCGCUCAUACGGGCGGCGGUGACGAGGACCGAGGUCGACAUGAAGUACAUCAAGGCAGAGUACCAUAACAAGUACAAGGGGUCGCUGGCUGAAGCCAUCCACUCCGAGACGUCAGGGAACUACCGAACCUUCCUCCUCUCGCUCGUCGGCCGGGACUGCUAAGGCGCUCCCGUGCAUGCUCAAUCGAUCCCACCACAUGCAUGGUGGCACCAAGGCUGCCAUGCGUGAUCGAUCAAUAGGCAUUGGGGCACAAUAAUCUGAAAAGGAGCAAAAUAAGAUUGUAUUAUUCCUGUGGAAUCAACACAAUUGUUCUAUGUUCACUUUUCCAAAUAUGGAGCAUCAGUACCUUCACAAUUUCGAAAUAACUCGCCAUCAACAUGGUUCUUUUUACUAUAGUAGUACCCCAUCUUAUACUGCUUUAUUCCACCUUAUCUCCCCCGUCUCGUCACAUUUGAUCUGUCACCAGAUAAAUGUAGUGGGAAGGUGCCUUGAUUAUUGU